AUGCGGCAGCUAUAUUACAAGGUAAAUAGCUUUAGAGGUGGAUACAGAAGGCAAGACAAAUUUCUGAAAAAUGAUGAUGGAAGCCUAUUGACGAACCAGGAAGGCAAAAUUGAAAAAUGGGCAGAGUAUUUUAAAAAACUAAUCAAUUGUGAAGAACCAGUAGAUAUCUUUACAUAUAGUUUCAACAAACCCAAUGAUAAUCCUUGUCCAGCCCACAUCAAAGGAGGAAAUCGAACAAUAAAUCAAAAGGCUCAAAAACCACAAGUCACCUGGGAGAGAUGA